GGCCAUGGAAAAGGUGUAGAGGGCUUCGGGAAAUCCAGCUGGUAUGAUGCCUUCAAUACUACAGAAGAGUCUCUCUUCUCAACUAGAUCGAAGAAGCGUCAUGCUAUGAAGCGUAGAAUGGUUGCGCACGGCUUCAGUGCCCAGUCUCUCCAGCUUUUCGAGCAAUUCGUUGAUGAAAUGAUGGAGAAGUUUAUGGGAAAGAUGGACGAGUUCGCUCGGACUCAACAGCCAUUUGAUAUCUACUUCUGGUUCGAGCUUUUCACGAUGGACUUGAUGGGCGAACUUGCUCUUGGAAAGAACUUCGGCGCAAUAGAAGCUGGCAAGCCUGCAAAGUAUUCAUCACUCGUUGAACAAUCGCAGAGAUUCUCAAACAUCAGUGGUGUGCUUCCAUUCGGAAAAGCCAAUGUGAAAGUAUUGAGCUGGGUGCCAAUACCGAGGAUCCAGGAAUUAUGGAAAGCCCGUGUCGAGUACUUGGAAUUUGCCAGAACAGCGUUGGAGAAACGUUUCCGAGAUGACAGGAAGGAGUUGGUUCCGAGCGGAAAAGCUCGACAAGAUAUCAUGCAGCGCUUCAGUACGUCAAAUACUACCCUUGUUUGGGUGGCUGGCGCCAGUACAGGGUCUGUAACAAUGAAUUGGAUGACUUACUACUUCUGCAAAAAUCCGGAAGUCAAGAAUCGCAUCAUCAAAGAACUAGAGAACAUGUUCCCCGAGAACGUUGAUGGAAGUCAAAUUCUCCCUUUCGUCAAGCUGCAGAAGCUUGCUCUUCUUGAGAACGCCGAGAUAGAAUGUCUCCGACUCCACCCACCCAUCGGCUACUCGAUGCCACGCGACACCCCUCCGCAAGGAGCCGUCAUCUGCGGCCAUUACAUCCCCGGCGGAGUAGCAGUCGGCGUUCCCGCUGCUAUCAUUGGUCGUAACGAAACCGUAUACAAAAACGCAAACACCUGGUCCCCCGACCGCUGGACCGACGAAACCGCCGACCUUGCAACCAUGAAGACUUGUUUCCUCGGCUUCGGCUACGGCAGCAGACAAUGCAUCGGCCGCAACGUAGCUAAUCAAUUCGUGAUGAAGAUGAUGGCGACGCUGUUGCUGCGAUAUGAGAUUGAGUUGGAGGAUCCUGGGUUGGUGCUUGGGACGAAGGAGUUUACGAUACAGAAACCGGAUCGGAAAUAUAAUGUGAUUAUUCGGCCGAGGAAAUCGUAG